UCAAGACAUUUUGAUCAUAAUUAUUCAGAGUUGACAAUGACGCGAGGAACAAUAUUAUCCAUGAUAUCAAUUUUGAAAUACCGUUUUCAGGACAUAUGUACUUUUCAUUGAGAUAGUCGCUGAAGUAGGUCAUGUUUACACUGGCUACCGACAGAGGGACCGAUGACAUUACGCUGAAUCCAACUGUCACUAAACAAUGGCUACGGAAGAUGACGAGACGAAGCCGUUGAUUUCUGUAAACGAAACCACAAUUCGGAAAGUCUCCUUCCUCCGUGGAGCGGUCCCCUGUGGAAUCAUCAUGAUGAUGUAUUUCUUAUCUGGCUUCAUCUUCAUUUCUUGGAUACCACAGUACGUGCAUCAGCGGCUCUACGAAAGCUACACCAACUCGUCCAGUAAAAGCAACCACUACGUGUAUAGCUGCAAUCGAACAGAGACCAACAACAAUACACUUUUGGAGAUAAAACUCCAGAAGGAGACCUCGGAGAGAGUACUGUACUACUCCUAUGCAACCAGUCUACGUUACCUCCUCGUGAACCUGGUUAUGGGAUCCUACUCCGACAGCAUCGGACGAAAACCGUUUUUAGUGAUUCCAAUAAUCGGAUGUUUGGGCAAAGGUGUAGUGUCCAUGUUGGUGGUGAAGCUAAAUUUGGACCUGGAUUAUUUUUACCUUGCCUUUGGACUGGACGGAAUAGGGGGUUCGUUCACGACCUUUCUCUUGGCGAUGUACGCCUACACUGCUGAUAUCACUCCACCAAAGAACAAGAGAACCUGGCUAUUGUCGCGCUGGAGGUGUUGCUUGCAACGGGUACGAUCUUUGGAAAAUUUGCAACUGGACUUCUUAUUAAAUCAACGGGCUUCUUCUUUCCCAUGGUGUUAAACUCAGGGUUGGGGUUGCUGACAUUGUUAUUUGUGAUUUUCUUCUUGGUGGAGACUACACACGGCUCUGAGCCAGCGCUUUUGCUGGCUUCCCGACAAGAUCGGUUACUUUGGGGCGCUGCGAACCGGCCUCAGUUCCUUGGUAACCAUGCUGUUAAUCAAAGCAUGUUUGACCUGUCUCAGAGACGAAUACAUCAUAGCCACUGGGAUGCUUGCGGAAAUCGGCGGACUUGUUCAGUAGGCGAUGGCGAGGUCAGAUCUGAUGAUGUGGUUGGUGCCCGUGGUGUCUGACGUCGUCCCCGAUAACGCAGCAAGGGGCUGUGUUCGCGUCGAUCGCCACCCUGGAGACGAUCACCUGUUUCGUGUCGAACACAAUGUACGGUUCAAUACAUAGCGCGACCGUGGGGGGCAGUGUCCGUGUGGCCCUUCCUCGCAAUCGUGGCGUCCAUUUUGCAUGUAUUUGUGGCAGAGAAGGAAACUAAAGACACGGUAGUGAUCGUUGAAGAUCAAGGAAAACAAAACGUCUCUUGUUAAAUAUAGGACUUACGCGCGUGUGCUGGACAUAUUGUUACGAGAGAUUCUCUUCUUUUUUUUCUUUUCUUUUUUCUUUUUUUUUUGGGGGGGGGGGAGCGACAGACUCCUCCGAAAAAUGUAUUGAACAAACACAUUUGUUUGUGCAGGGGCGGGUUACGAUCCCCAAAAUCCACCCCCUGCCCACACGCCUGGGGCUAGUCAGGGGUUUGUAUUGUUGAGGUCGCAAAUAUUGGGAGGCAUACCCACUGUCUGAGUCGUAUUAUAGGGCGACAGGUAAAAUUAAAAGGUGGCGGAAAAUAGGUAACAUUCGGGGAGGCAUGCUCCCCUCACACCCACGCCCACACUCGCAUCAGUGGCAACGCCAGUGGAUCGACAAUUUAUCUGCUAAACGACCUAACAUGUUGCCAGAAAAUAUAAAUGUUUAAUUGACACUAACUGUAAUUUAUCUAACCAGCAACAUAUGUAAUGAAAUUAUGGCUAUGUAGCCGUAAAUCAUGUGCGGAAUUUGUGGGGUGACCGCUCAUUUUUACCUAACUUUGGCGGUUUAACCUGCUUGCAAAACACAUUAUGAAGUGAGCGAUAGUUGACGAGGAACGUACUCGCAGUGUCUAUUUCUAAAAAAAAAACGUAGUGUCGGAAAUAGAAUAAAAAUGAUUUUCGUUGAUUAUUUCUUUCAUAU